AUGGGAAACCAGCAAUCCUAUUUCGAUACUUUAAUUCAUGGAAAUAAUGAAUGUAGUCAUAACCAUCGUAAAACACAUCGGUCAUAUCCUAGCAGUUCAUCGUUAAAUUCAGCCUUUCACCAUUCCUCGAAUUCCCGUCAUUACAAUCCAAAGGAUUGUUGCGCUUUUUGGAAAGCGAUUAAAUCUAUACUAGGAAUUUGGACGACGGGAAAUAAAGAUAUUGAUGAGAUUAUAAAAGAAACUCAACGUUUAGCCUCAAAACGUCGUAAACCAUGGAAAUGGAUCCCUUAUGAUAGAUUUGAGGAAGUUAAGUUGUUGGCAAAAGGUGGUUACGGUCAUGUAUAUUCCGCCAUGUGUACCGAAAAAGAAGUAUACGGUCGUGUAGCUUUAAAAAGUCUCGACUUUUCUGAAAAUAUAUCAAGUGAAUACCUUCAAAAGUAUGUUAAUAAAUAUUAUCCCACAUUAUCACUUUCAAAUAAGAUUGAGUUGUUGGUUCCAAUUUCGGAUGGACUUCGAAAGAUUCAUCAAGCAAAAUUAGUUCACGGUAAUUUUCAUCCGGGAAAUAUUUUACAAACGAUAAUUCCAACAGAGAAAAACUACACCCCGAAAUCCUGGAGUUGUAUUAGUGAUUUGGGUCUACAUGGGCCCGCUUCAGAUGCACCGAGGAAGUUUUUUUCCGAAAAGUAUGAAUUCGUUGAUGAACCUCUUGGUGAUUGCACCGAAGAGGAUGAUGAUUUUCUUCCCGAAAAACAACAAGAUUAUUUUUCAUUGUUCAUCUCACCUUCAAGGAGGAAUUCAACUUAUGAAAAACCUAAAGUAUAUGGGGUUUUACCUUAUAUAGCGCCAGAAGUCUUAAGAGGACAGAAAUUUACACAGGCGGCCGACGUUUACUCAUUCGGAUUCAUCAUAUAUGAAGUAUUUAUGGGACACCCUCCAUAUUUUAACGUCCCCCACGAUUUUAAAUUAGCGGAAAAGAUAUGUCAGGGGCAAAGACCAGAAUUAUCAUCAUCAGAUAUGCCCCAAAGAGUGAAGAAAUUAAUAACGGAUUGUUGGGAAUCUAGACCAGAAAAUCGACCAUCCGCUUCAGAAUUACAUAAUAUGAUAAGAGGAUGGUAUUGGAGGUUGGAUCCCGAAAUGAAAUCUUUAAUGAUAGCCGAUGAAGAAACAUUUAGAGGAACUCGUAGCGUAACACCAAUUAACGUCAAGGAUGUAGGCGGCGGAUAUACAACUCCACCAACUCCAGGAACUCCGAUAUCACCCUGCUACUCACAGACUCCUUUUACAACCCCAUUUAUCAACACAAGCAUUUCAAGUUCAUAUCAUGACGCUUACAAUUCUCCCACAUCAAUGUCGUUGAAUCUUAAUGGUUAUAAGAUACAUCCCGAAGCUAUUUACACUUCUCGCCUACUAGAAUACGACAAUCUACCGAACAUUACUUGGUAUGAAUAA